AUGGAAUCAAUCUCUAUGAUGGGAAGUCCUAAGAACCUCAAUGAAACUUUUCUACCAAAUGUUGCCAAUGGCAUCAAGGAUGCCAGUAAAAUCACGAUAGGCAUCAUUGGAAGUGGAGAUUUUGCUAAGUCAUUGGCAAUUAGACUUAUCAGAUGCGGGUACCACGUGGUUGUAGGAAGCAGAAACCCUAAACUUGCUGCUGAGUUUUUUCCACAUGUGGUUGAUGUCACUCACCAUGAAGAUGCAGUAGCAAAAGCAAACAUCAUUUUUGUAGCCAUACACAGAGAACAUUAUGCCUCUUUGUGGGACCUCAAACAUUUACUCGCUGGUAAAAUUCUGAUUGAUGUCAGCAAUAAUACAAGAGUAGACCAAUAUCCGGACUCCAAUGCAGAGUAUUUGGCAUCACUUUUCCCAGAUUCCCUGAUUGUCAAAGGAUUCAAUGUCGUUUCAGCUUGGUCACUGCAGUUAGGACCAAAGGAUGCCAGCAGACAGGUCUAUAUAUGCAGUAACAACGUUCAGGCUCGCCAUCAAGUUAUUGAGCUUGCCCGUCAGCUCAGUUUUAUUCCUAUUGAUUUGGGGGCAUUGUCAUCUUCAAGGGAGAUCGAAAACUUACCUCUGCAACUGUUCACACUGUGGAAGGGGCCUGUAGUGAUUGCCAUUAGCCUGGCAACGUUUUUCUUCAUCUAUUCCUUCAUCAGAGAUGUAAUCCAUCCAUACAUGAGAAAUCAGCAGAGUGACUUUUACAAGAUCCCCAUUGAGAUUGUGAACAAGACUCUACCAAUUGUUGCUAUCACUUUACUUUCUCUAGUGUAUUUAUCAGGACUUAUUGCAGCUGCUUAUCAGCUUUACUACAGUACUAAGUAUAAGCGAUUUCCACCUUGGCUCAACAACUGGCUCCAGUGUCGAAAGCAGCUUGGACUGCUCAGUUUUUUCUUUGCAACAGUGCAUGUGGCAUACAGCCUCUGCUUACCUAUGAGGAGAUCAGAGCGAUACUUGUUCCUCAAUAUGGCAUAUCAACAGGUUCAUGCAAAUGUUGAAAAUUCUUGGAAUGAGGAAGAAGUGUGGCGAAUCGAAAUGUAUAUCUCCUUUGGAAUAAUGAGUCUUGGAUUGCUUUCUUUGCUGGCAGUAACUUCUAUCCCUUCAGUAAACAGUGCCUUAAACUGGAGGGAGUUCAGUUUUAUUCAGUCUACACUUGGAUACGUUGCUCUGCUCAUAAGUACUUUCCAUGUACUGAUUUACGGAUGGAAAAGAGCUUUUGAAGAAGAGUAUUACAGAUUUUAUACACCACCAAAUUUUGUUCUUGCCCUUGUUCUGCCUUCCAUUGUAAUUCUAGGUAAGAUCAUUUUACUUUUGCCAUGUGUAAGUAGGAAACUGAGGAGAAUUCGAAGAGGAUGGGAGAAAAGCCAUGUUAUAGAAGAAGCAAGUGGGUCUGUUCCACAUCUCUCCCCAGAAAGGAUAACUGUGAUGUGAUGAUAGAGUAAUACUUGUUAGCAC